CAGGAUUGCGUCGUCCACGGUUCUCAGUUGAAUUCCAUUGCCGUCCAUUAGAACAGCCGACUUGGAAAAUACAAUAUCAAAUCCGUUUUUCCAGAAGCUUGCUUGCUUUUAUAUCAUCAUGGGCGGCAAUUUCAUGGAGCAAGGAUAUUGAGCAAAGAUCUCCGCAUGUGUAACGCACGCAUCUUCGACCCUGUCGUGGCUCACUGCAUUGCCUGGCAAAACGGAACAAUUGGUGGAUAAUUCUCCUCGUGACUUAAAUCGAGCAUAUUUCAUCGCUGAAAUACAUAGAAACUCGAAUGUGGUUUCUGUCAUGAGUCCGGCCGGGUGCUCCCAUGUGACCAGUUUUAAAGUGGAGAACUGGAAGCAGAAUCUGCGGGUCAUAUACCAGUGCUUUGUGUGGAGUGGCUCUGCCGAAACCAGGAAACGCAAGGCGAAGUCCUGUAUAUGUCACAUGUGUGGAGCACACUUAAAUCGUCUUCACUCCUGUCUCCAUUGUGUGUUCUUCGGCUGUUUCAGCAAGAAACACAUCCAUGAGCAUGCCAAAAACAAGAGACACAACCUAGCUAUAGACCUUUUGUACGGUGGAAUAUAUUGCUUUGUGUGCCAAGACUACAUAUACGACAAAGACAUGGAACAGAUUGCCAAAGAAGAACAAAGAAAAGCGUGGAAAUUGCAAGGUAUUGGCGAGAAAUAUUCAAUGUGGGAGCCCACGAAACGAGAACUGGAGUUGCUGCGACACAACCCCAAACGGAGGAAAAUAACGGCAAACUGCACUAUAGGUUUGAGGGGUUUGAUAAACCUUGGGAACACGUGCUUUAUGAACUGUAUUGUUCAGGCUCUCACACACACUCCACUUCUGAGGGACUUCUUCCUGUCCGAUAGGCACAAGUGUGAGAUGCAGUCCAACUCUUGCCUAGUUUGUGAAAUGUCUCAGCUUUUUCAGGAGUUCUAUUCGGGUCACCGAUCUCCUCACAUUCCCUUCCGGUUGCUUCACCUCGUGUGGACCCAUGCACGACAUCUCGCUGGCUAUGAGCAACAGGACGCUCACGAGUUUCUCAUUGCUGCUUUGGAUGUGCUGCAUAGACACUGCAAAGGAGAUGAUAAUGGGAAAAAAGCCAACAACCCUAACCACUGCAACUGUAUCAUUGACCAAAUCUUCACUGGAGGCCUGCAGUCUGACGUCACCUGCCAAGUCUGCCAUGGAGUUUCCACGACAAUAGACCCAUUCUGGGACAUUAGUUUGGAUCUGCCAGGUUCCUCCACCCCCUUCUGGCCCCUCAGUCCGGCCAGUGACGGUAGUGUGGUGAAUGGAGACAGCCACCCAACUGGAGCAAACACACUAACAGAUUGCUUACGCAGGUUCACUCGACCUGAACACUUAGGAAGUAGCGCCAAAAUCAAAUGCAGUGGUUGUCAUAGUUACCAAGAAUCCACCAAGCAGCUGACAAUGAAGAGACUUCCUAUUGUGGCAUGCUUCCACCUUAAACGGUUUGAGCAUUCAGCAAAGCUCAGGCGGAAGAUAACCACCUACGUGUCCUUUCCUCUUGAGCUAGACAUGACACCCUUCAUGGCCUCCAGUAAAGAGAGCCGAAUGAAUGGACAGUAUCAACAGCCAGUAGAUUCAUUAAACAAUGAUAACAAGUAUUCUCUGUUCGCAGUGGUGAAUCAUCAGGGCACGUUGGAGAGCGGCCAUUACACCACGUUUAUCCGCCAGCACAAGGACCAGUGGUUUAAAUGUGAUGAUGCCAUUAUCACUAAAGCCAGCAUUAAAGAUGUUCUGGACAGUGAGGGGUACUUGUUAUUUUACCAUAAACAGUUUCUAGAAUAUGAAUAAUCCCCAAAUCCAGAAGUGGUCCGAGUCACAAGCUGUGAAGAAAGAUCAUAUGAGUGGAGGCGGGGUGGACAGCAGAAAGGAGCAUUAACCACCUGGCUUGACACUUGUUCAUCCCAGGAGAGCUGUUAAAAGAAAUAAAAAUGCAGCCUUUCUAACAAAAUCAAAAUAAGAAAUUGAAGAAAAAAAUACACUGCUAAACCAAUCUGCACUGAGCAACCGGAGCAUACUUGACAGAAAGAGGAGGCGGCGGUGUUCGAGAAGAUGGAGAGACCUCCGUCUGUUCUCUUUUCUCUCACUACAAACGGAGGACACAAACUGAUAUCUCAUCACCUUGUUCUUAAAGGGAUAAUUCAUCCAAAAAAUGAAAAUGACUUUCUUGCUUCUGUGGAACACAUUUACUUUCUGUACAGUUCAAAUGAAUGGUAACUGAGGCUAACAUUAUCGUUUUGCAUUCCACAGAAGAAAUAAAGGUUUCGAACAACAUGAAAAUAAAUGACAUAAGUUUCAUUUUUGGGUGAACUAUCCCUUUAAACUGCACAAUCUCUUUUUCACUUUUAGUUAUGUAUUUCUCCUCAGUUUUCACAAAGAAUAUGAAAAGUUCACAUACUGCAGUCCCAUUUUCUCAUCCUCAAAUUAUGUUUCUAGAAAUAUAUGAGGGAAAAAUUCCUUUUCUUUAAUUUCGUAGUAUGCAUUAUUGAUGUACUGAAAGCAAAAGAAGGAAAGAGGUAUUAUGGACUGUAACUCAAACUUAUAUUGUCGUUUGGUGUUUAAGUUUGAAAAUACUGUCAGUGUCGAGCACUUUUUUUUAUUCAGAAGAGUGUCAACUCUCUCUCUGCCCUCAUUUUGUUCUUUUUCUUUUGGUUGAGGGCUGAAAAUGUAUCUCACACACACACACACAUAUAUAUAUUUUUUUAUAAGUCAUUCAUUUCUUGUUUACGUGUCCUAUAUCCCCAUGAACCAAUUUUAUUCUCUUUUAUGUGCUGUAUGUCUUCUAAAUGAAUUGAAAGAAGGUAUUUCUGUGAGAAGUAUAGCUUUGUUGCAUCUGGAGUUCUUUUUGUUAACAUGAAAAGUAAAAGGUUUCAGUUGCUGAUAUGUUGUACAGGUUUGGUUGUGAAGGCUUGUGUCAUGUUUCUGAUGCAAGAUUUUUCUUUCUUUUCAUGUGAUGCCUGUUGCCACCAAGGCUUGAUUCAACAGUGUUAUCCUCAGCCACAUGUUGCUACAGUUGAGUGUGUGUGUGAGAGUGCAUGUAUGCAUAUUCGUGUACACACCAGUGUAUAUGUGUACUACCUAAGCGUGUGUGCGCAUGCAGGUAUGUGGGCACCUGUGUGAUGGUGGUGUUAAUGUGUGUGUGUGUGUGUACUGAAUCAGUACUCAAACUUGGCAUGCCGUUUAAACUGGAUGCUAAAAGACUUUGGGGAGGAUUUUAUAAAUGUUAAUUAUGUAUCUAUGUAUAGUAUGUAAAACAAUUCAUGCAACAAAAAAAAAAGAAAUAGUGGAAAUAAAAUGCUGUGUUGUCUGUUUUGCUCUCUGGGCUAGAACAGCCUAUCACUAAGUACUAAGAAACACCAGAUUUCUGCAUAUACUAUAUUUCGGCUUCAUAGGAUGAAAGGAUUUUUUCUUUCAGUAUUUUUAAAUAGAAUGGUUUUUAUCUAUUCUUUCUCAAUUAAUUUCAGCUCUUUAAAACUUGCAUUUCAAAAUGCUCUUUGUUUUGUUCAAGUUUUUAACAUAUUCUGCCUUCAUCUCUUAACCUCAUAUUGUUUUUAAAGAAAUUUUUCAGAAAAGAGUCAAGUUAGGUUACCGAAAGCAGCCACACAAAGGGAAGCAAAUGAAAUGUGCACUUCUAUAGAGCCCAAGGUUUCCACAAGUAAAAAAGUUGGUUCAUUUUCUACACAGAUACAUUUUUUUAGAUAUAAGGUGGUCUUUAAACCUCUCAAUAAAGUUUUGAGAGCUUUGAGGUUUAAAACAAUGUGUAUCAUUCCGAAGAAGCCACAAAACCAUAUAAUUGCAAUGUUAUUUAAAAAACAAUUCAUUUUAUUCCUAAAUUCCUGGUAAAAUACUACAUUACCCACAAUCCUAAAGCAAGACCACAAUCAGAGAAGUCACUUUUACCACAGAAACCAGAAUUGAGUUUAAUGUAGAGAUUGGCUGAUAUAUCGGUUUUACCGAUUAAUUGGUCCUGAUAGUUGCUUUUUGGAACUAACGGUUAUCUGCAAAAGUCAACAGUCAAGUAUUUUUUUCUUUAUUCCUCCAUGGCCAAAGUGAGAAGCGAUUGCGGUAAAUGUACUAUUGAUGACUUACUGCUCAUACAGUAUUUGUCUAGCCCAUAUAACAAUUUUUACUACUUUAUAGUUUUAUUAUAAUAUGUUGUAGAUGAUUUGAAUGCAUGUUUAUUUUCCCUUGUGUGUUUGUGUGAGUUGGAAGCACAAACAUUUCAAAAUAAGAGUCCCCGGUGUGUUUCGUGCUUGUUUAUGAUUAAAAGUUCUGCUU